CGUCAAGGACAUGUCGCUCGUGCCGCCAACCCUAUCGAUCUCGCGCGUCACGCCUCGGGAGGAGAGGAAGCCCACACUACAAUACCCGGCGGAGCACUCCCUCGCGCCGUCGACGGGAGGAGGCCAGGCGGAGUGCGCCGUCGUCGCCGCAGCCUGGAGUGCACCGUCGUCGCCACAACUCAUUCGUGCCUCCCCCACGUCUCCGAUGAGCUCCAGCGAUGUCCCGGUGGCGGCCGAGGGGCGGGACGCAGCGGAUGGACGCGGCACUCGACCACUUCAACUUGAUGGGCUACCGCAAGGCCGACGUCCGCAACCUCUGUCAACAAGCUGCUCAAGGAUGUGUACGGGAGGGAUGGGUGGCCGUUCCUGGAGGACAGCUGGUACUCCGUCGUGCAGGAGGCGCUCUUUGAGAUGCAGGAGGAGCUCGCUGGUCUCGAUUCGUCCGGCGCAAUCCGGAGGGCGUGCCGUCGCAUGCGCCGUUGGCUUCAGGCCAUUUAUCGACAUUGACAAGGGCAAAGUUAAACAUAUUGUUGGCUCUACUCUCCGGGAUGCAUCGAAUGAUGGCACGACGCGGGUGACAAACUUUGAAUCAGACAAGUCUCCAUCAGAACUUGCAAAUAUUUACAAAGAAGAUGGACUGGUUGGUGGGCAAGUCAUAAUGCUUGGCGGAGACCCUGCAAGCUGCUAUGCUGCCCUGGAAGCACUCCUCUUUGUGCCUCACCACCUGAGGUACGCCGUUCUAAAAUCCACACAGCUAAGCCAUGAGUAG